CUCUCUGAUUACCCAUUUGGCCAUUUGAAGCAUUUGACCCUACUCUCCUCUUGUUUAGCUUCAGGGAAAUCAAGUUCUGGGUUUUGUUUUGAUCUUCAUAAUCUCAAAAUUAAGUACUGGGUUUUUAGUUUUAUGUGAAGAAGUGAGGUCAGUGACGUUUGUUCACUUGAAAUCUUGUUUCUGUAAUGGACAAAAGAAAGAAAAUAGUUUCUUGUUUGAAUAAAGGUGUAGAGGUUUCGACCCAAUUAUUGGUGGAAAAGCCACUUCUACUUUUCAUACUACCUCUGAUAUUAGUUGUUUGGGUUAUUGAGAAAUGGGUUUUCUCUUUCUCCAAUUGGGUUCCUCUUGUGGUCACUGUCUGGGCAACUAUCCAGUAUAGUAGUUAUCAACGACAAAUCCAUGUAGAGGAUUUGAAUAGAAAAUGGAAGCAAGUCAUACUACACAUGUCGCCAGUAACACCAUUGGAGCCCUGUGAGUGGCUGAACAAGUUAUUAAUGGAAAUUUGGCCAAACUACAUUCACCCAAAGCUUUGCACGAGGUUCUCAUCUAUUGUCGAGCAACGCUUGAAGUAUCGAAAACCAAGGCUUAUUGAAAGAAUUCAAUUGCAAGAAUUUUCGCUAGGUUCACACCCUCCUAGCUUGGGGCGUCAUGGUACUCGGUGGUCAACUUCUGGCAAUCAGCGAAUCAUGCGCUUGGGUUUUGAUUGGGACUCUACUGACGUAAAUAUUCUGCUACUUGCUAAGUUGGCAAAGCCUUUAAUGGGAACUGCCCGGAUAGUCAUAAACAGCAUUCACAUCGAGGGUGAACUUCUCUUGAUGCCAGUUUUGGAUGGAAAAGCAAUUUUGUACUCAUUUUUAUCAGCUCCUGAGGUAAGAAUAGGUGUUGCAUUUGGCAGUGGUGGAAGUCAAUCUCUACCUGCAACUGAAUUGCCAGGUGUUUCCUCGUGGCUGAAGAAACUCUUCACUGACACUAUAAAUAAGACAAUGGUUGAACCUCACUGUCGGUGUUAUCCUUUGCCACCUGUAGACUUCAGGAAAAAGGUUGUUGGUGGGAUAAUCCAUGUGACGGUUAUUUCAGCGAGCAAACUUUCCAGGAGUAACAUUAAGGGAAGCCCUUCUAGAAGGCAACAGAGUGCAUUGAUAGAUGGUAGGUUAGAAGAGUUCCAUGAUAAUAAAGAUCUGCAGACAUUUGUAGAAGUUGAACUUGAAGAACUAACCAGGAGGACUAGUGUCAAACCGGGAUCAAGCCCUAAAUGGGACUCAAUGUUCAAUAUGGUUUUACACAAAGAUUCAGGAAUUCUCAGAUUCAAUCUCUAUGAAUGUACACCUGGGAGUGUGAAGUUCGACUAUCUAACAAGCUGUGAAAUUAAGAUGAAAUAUGUUAGAGAUGAUUCCACAAUAUUUUGGGCAAUAGGACCUGAAUCUAGUGUGAUGGCAAAGCACGCCGAGUUUUGUGGAAAAGAAGUCGAAAUGGCUGUUCCAUUUGAGGGACUUAGUUCUGCAAAGUUGACGGUGAAACUCGUCUUGAAAGAAUGGCAAUUUUGUGAUGGUUCACAUAGCUUGAGCGACAUCGGUCUCAGCACUCGGCAAUCGCUAAAUGGGUCAUCAAAUUUUCAGCCUAGUACUGGAAGAAAAAUUUAUGUAACUGUUGUUGAAGGGAAGGACCUUAUGAUAAAAGACAAAUUUGGGAAGUCUGAACCUUAUGUUAGCUUGCAGUAUGGGAAGGCUCUCCAGAGAACAAGAUCUGCCUCACAUACUUCAAAUCCUGUCUGGAAUCACAAGUUUGAAUUUGAUGAGAUAGGUGGUGGUGAAUAUCUUAAGAUAAAAUGCCACAGAGAAGAAACCUUCAUAGAUGACAGUAUUGGUAGUGCACGAAUAAAUUUAGAAGGACUUGUUGAGGGGUUGAGGGAUGUGUGGGUACCCCUUGAAAAAGUCAAUUCUGGAGAACUGCGAUUUCAAAUAGAAGCAGUGAGAACCGAUGACUUUGAAGGAUCCAGGGGUGCAAAUGUCGGUUCAAGCAAUGGCUGGAUUGAACUUGUUCUCAUCGAAGCAAAAGACCUUGUUGCUGCUGAUCUCAGAGGAACAAGUGAUCCAUUUGUGAGGGUACAAUAUGGAAAUAUGAAGAGAAGAACAAAGAUUAUGGAUAGAACUCUGAAUCCUAAGUGGCAUCAGACCUUAGAAUUCCCCGAUGACGGUAGUUCGCUGGUGUUGCAUGUGAAAGAUCAUAACGCCGUGCUGCCAGAAUCUAGCAUUGGUGAUUGCAUUGUUGAAUAUCAAAGAUUGCCUCCGAACGAAAUGUCUGACAAGUGGAUACCCCUUCAAGGUGUGAAAAGGGGAGAGAUCCAUAUUCAAGUUACAAGAAAGGUUCCAGAACUAGGGAAGAGAUCUAGUUUGGAAUCGGAAUCAUCUGCAACUAAAGCCCACGAAAUUUCUGGCCAGAUGAAACAAUUGAUGAUCAAAUUACAUUCUCUAGCCGAAGAUGGGAAUCUUGAUGGACUCUCUGAAUUGUUGAGUAAGCUCAAAAGCCUCCACGAUAUGCAAGAAGAGUACUUGGCGCAGCUGGAGACUGAGCAGACGCUUUUACUCACCAAGAUCAAUGAGCUUGGCCAAGAAAUCUUGUACUCAUCGCCGGCUCUGAGCACAAAAUCUUCCCCUGAUUGAACCCUCAUUACAAAUGCUGAUCUCAACAGUCCUUCCUCAUUCAGUAUAGUUUUACUAACAAAAAAGCUUGUAUUAAUAGGAAAAAUACAUAUAUAGUUCUAUAAUCCAUUGAGUCAUUGUUGUUGAAGCCAUCAUGCUGUGUAAAUGUGCUCAUGUAGAAGUAUGUAUGAAUUUUGAGCAAUGAAUGAAAAGAUUAGAGUGGAUUUAACUAGUUUA